AUGGAGUCCCUGCACCCCCGGAGCUUCUGCUUCCCCGAGGCUCUCCCGGACGCCCCGGGCAAAGCCCCGUGUCCAGGUGGCGCCAGCAUCUCGCUGUGGACGGUGGUGGCGGCCGUGCAGGCGGUGGAACGGAGCGUGGACGCCCACACCUCGAGGCUGCUCAGCCUGGAGCACCGGGCGGUGACCGCCGAGAAGAAGUACUUGGACUGCGAGAAAACGGUGGUGGAUUUUGGGAACCAGUUGGAGAGCAAACUGGCCGUGCUGGGCACCCUGAUCCAGGAGUAUGGGCAGCUCCAGCGGCGCCUGGAGAACGUGGAGAACCUCCUCAAGAACAGGAACUUCUGGAUCCUCCGCCUGCCACCUGGGAGUGAGGUGUCCAAGAGCAAGGUCACAUCCUUAUCCCCUGAGGAGUGGGAGAGUCUGGAGAGCUGGCAGAGGGAGCUGUACACCAAUGUGGUCAGAGGGAAGAACGAAGCUCUCAUCUCCCUGGAUGAUGCAAUCUCCAAACCUGACCUUCUGGCCCGGCUUCAGAGGGUAGAAGCUCCCUGCAACGGGGCUGAGGCAGCUUUGAGAGAGGCUCUGGCAGACUCAAGUGCAGCAGCCCACAGCUUCCCAGAGCUGAGCUUUGUGGGUGGUGUGAAGCAGGAGGCCGAGCCAUGUGUGGAGGAGCGAGAAGCCAUGGAGGUUGUGGAGCUCACGGAGCUCAAUGUGGGGGACAGCAGAAUCCAUAUUAAGCAAGAGGAAGAGCUGUGUGCUGCAGAUCAGCAGGAGGAGGAAGAGGCUGGAGAAGCUGAUGAAGAGCCCUGCCCGGCAGAGCAAACAUUUUAUGAGCCUGAGGCUUCAGGUCAGACCAAACAAGGCAAAGAGACCUCUGCUGAGGAGGGCGAGGGCCUCCCCAGGGACCCUGAGGCAGCAGCAUUCCAAACUUACCCAACCCACGUUUUGUCAUGGAUUAAACAAGAGGAGGAGCUGCGGUGCCCUGAACCACAAGGGCAGGAGAGGGAAGAAACCCCUGCAAAUGCAAGUGCAGUGCAUGAUGAAAACACCAAGGCAGACCCUCCAGCUGAUUGCUUUCAAAGCACACCCUGUGACUCAGAGCUGCCAACAAGACCUGGAGAGAAGUUUUCCAAGGAUCCUAGCCCUGGAGGGACAUGGGAUGGUCAGUGGAAUUCAGAAAUGAUGGAAACCACCACCACUGGGAACAGCCUUGGGGGAGACAUUCGGUAUGACCAAGGGUUUGCUGAGCACUUGGAUUUCUUUAGCACUCAGGAAAACAGCAUUGGGAAGAGACCCUGCACGUACAGCAGAGGUGAGAGGAGCUCCAGCCAGCAGGAACAUCUCCAGCCUCCCAUGGGAGCCCGAGAAGGGGAGACAUUCCCAGGCCCCACAUGUGAGAAGAGUCUCAGUGAAAGGGUUUUCCACCUGCUGCACCCCCAGCCCUACACUUUGGGGGAGAAGGACGUGGGGCUGGGGGCUGCAACUGCCUCUUGUGAGGGGCUGCAGCCGGUGUGUGGCCAAACCCCUGUGGACAGAGCCAGGCUUGGGGCCCACGAUGGCCUGAGUGCAGAAGAGCAGCCAUCUGUAGAAGGAGAGGAGAACUUCCCAGUGGAAAACUCCUUGGCCAGCCCCUGCUGGGAUCACCCCCCAGACAAACCGGAGGGGUGCCCGCGGUGCCGGCAGCCCCGGGGCAGCCCAGCGAGCCAGCAGCAGGGCCAGGGCAGGGGCAAGUCUUACAUCUGCAGUGACUGUGGGAAAAGCUUCGUUUGCCACUCGUGGCUCGUCAGGCACCAGAUGACCCACACGGACGAGAGGCCCUACAAGUGCUCCGAAUGUGACAAAAGCUACAGGAGGAAGGAUUACCUCCUGAACCACCAGCGGCGCCACUCGGGGGAGGGCCUCUUCCAGUGCCCGCUCUGCAGGAAGAGGUUUGUGCUCAGGAGGAGCUUCAUGAAGCACCAGGAGAGCCACGUGCAGGAAACACACCUGACCCUGGCUGGUUGGCCCUGCACAGACAUCAGGGGGUCUGUGAUGCACUCCAUAUAG